AUGGCUGGAUAUUAUAUCACGAGGCAUGUGGUGCAGCCAGGUGUAGGCCUUGUCAGUGAGGCCAUUGCUCACCGGAAGGCGAAGAAAGAGUCUGGUCUAAUCGUGGAGGAGAACAUUCCCUUCAAGACGGCGGCGGCAGAUGGAGUCGAGAUCACUGCGACAGAGCGAGUGACGCUGCAGCGGCCUCCUGAGAAGGGAUCUCUCCUCGAGCAGAAGGAGACGUACGACCAAGAUAUCCAAGAGAAAGAGCUCGUUGAGGAAGUGGAAUUGCUGAAACUGUACAAGACAACAUCAAGCUACAUAGUCCCAAGCGGCAACGCCCUCGGCCCUGCACCUAUCGACGCCAUUGUCAAAUCUUUCAUCAGGGAAUAUCCUCCAGCACCAUCUGGCAGACAGCUAGACGCGCCUGUAGUUCUGCCGCAAAGGCGGCCGGGAAACGCAGCGAGAGGUUUCGUCCAGGCGUAUGCACCGACUCUUCAGAAUGUCGGCAUUUCGCCCAAAGCUUGGUUUGAUUUCCUGGCUAGUUUUGAAGAGUCUCUCAAGAUAAGCCCAGCAUUUGAUGUUUUCAAUCUGGCCGUUGGCGUUACUGGCUUGGUCAACCACUUUGUCCCGAAUCCUUUUACUACUGCCGCAACCAUCGCGCUUACUGUAGCGGAAGAGACAGCCAGAGCCACGUACCAGCGCAUUCGAGCGAACUCCUUCUUCGCAGCGAUGAACGAGAGAUAUUUCAUGCCUCAGGGGUUAUACUGUCUCAUCAUGACUUACAAUCCUCACGGACGAGCUGCGAGUGAGCCGUUCGAUCUCUCCAAGACAGUGUCAAAGACACACGAUCCGGAAACACCAAAGAUGAGGGCAUAUUUGAAGAAGAGCAUGGGCGGAGUACAGGGGACCACGCAGGGAGAGGCGCAUAUGCCUGACACUGCCGAGCUGGUGUAUGUUGACGAUGAAGGUGAUGGACAAAAAGAUGGUGAUGACAAUGGCAAUGGGCCUAGCCGUCUCAACAGAACACGCCGGUUCGUGGAUGCCUACUUGGACAAGCGGGCGCAUUCGAGAUUUGCUGCGGACAAUCCCGAUUCGGUACUGGCAAGGGAGGUCGAAUUUGAGUCAUCAAAGGGCAGCUUUGGGACCAAGCAUCAACACACGGGCAGGGGAGGUCCGAUUGGGGCGCCACUGAGUCGGAUUGUCGAGAGGGUUAGUAAUGGAAAAUACAAAGGGCGAGAUGCGAACCCGAUCGUGAUGGCGACAAGGGCUGCCAGACCGAAGAUACUCUAUCUCAUGGUGGUCGCGUUGCCGUCGGGAGAGGAUAUGAAGGUGGUUAGGGAUUGUUUUGUCAUUAAAGAGAUGACUGAUGACGAGGCUGAAGUUUAUGAGAAGGAUAUGUAA